CAAAUGACAGCGAACCUCAAAGGAUAUCAAUUGCGCUGUUGAGCAGCGAACUGUACCGUGUUCCGAAAUUUCAUUUUCAGCGAACGAUUUAGCGGAUGCAUCAUGUCCGCGUCUGAUCUUCUCCACCUCAUCGUCGCGGCUUGAGACCGAUGCCUGAAGAAUUUCGUGUUUGCCUCAGAAAACCAGAUUGACUGAUCACAAUGGCGAGCAUGGAACUGUCAACGGGUCUCUUGGAGAUAGUAAAUUCUCUCACCCAGGAUGACAUCCCAUACAAGCUGCGGUGUGCCAUUUGCAACAAACUGGCAAUCAACGCAUUUCGCCUACCAUGCUGCGACCAAGCGAUCUGUGAGAACUGCCAAACUUCCUUGCCCGAAAGCUGUCCUGUCUGUGACCACAAUCCCAUCUCACCCGAUCUUUGCAAACCAAACAAAGCACUUCGCACAACUCUGAAGGCCUUCUUGCGUACGGAAGAGAAGAAACGAGAGAAAGAUCGGCCAUCAGCUACACCAGUUACAGCUACCCCGAGCGAGAGUGCGGCUGGUCAAAAUCAAGAUGGCUCUGCGGUUUCUGCAGAAUCAAAUGUGGAGCCAGUUGCAACUGGCGAGAAUGCUGGAGUUGAGGGACCUUCGGUUAUAGCAUCUAUCGAAGAGCCACAGAUCGUUGAGAACCAGUCACAAACUCCACUCAUCACCUCCGAUCAAGUGGAAGAACCUUUGACCACCACUGUCGAUCAUCAAGCAGCUGACGACGCUGAUGACAAUGGCACACAAUCUGGCGAUGGAGCUUUGGAGGCGGAUGAAACUGAACAUACUGAGCAAGGCAUGGUGCCGACCAACGGAUCUAACCAAAUGGCCCUCAACAUGGGUUUUGGUGUGAAUCCGGGAUUGAUGUCUAAUAUGCCUUGGGGCGGACAAGACCUAACUGCGAUGGCUCAGUUUAUGCCGAAUGCAGCCACGGGCAAUUUUCAGAACCCAAUGGGAAUGCUAGGAAUGGAUCCGAUGACUGCAGCUCAAGGAAUGUUCGGGGGUUUUGGUAUGAACAUGAAUAAUAUGAGCAAUGGCAUGAAUAUGGGAUAUGGUACAGGGCAGCAGAUGUAUGGCAACUGGAACAACUCUCAAAACAAUAUGUACAAUCCAACUGCAUUCUCGAAUGGUAUGGGCCAAGAUUAUCAAGCAUCUGGAUAUGCUGGCUACAUGUCUCAAGACAACGGAAACUUCUCUCAGAUGCAGCAAUAUCCUAACCAAAAUUAUCAUCAAGGUGGCUACUAUGGCAAUGGAUCAGGCUAUAUGAGAGGCAUGGGUCGCGGCCGUGGCCGCGGUUAUUAUCGUGGAGGUCGUGGAGGCUACUAUGGCCAUAUGCAAGCUAACAACCAGUAUUCAGGCGACUAUCAGCAACAGGCUUACCAGAAUAAUGUAUCCCAAGAAGCCGUGGACCAGUCCUUAGAGGCGCCCACUGAAGAGGACAUUAAAAAAUUCAACGAUGAACUAGCCCCUGGCGGAGAGAGCGAUUUAGCAGACGGCCCAUCUAGAGAGGAUACUACUACCCUUACUACCUCUAAUGCCUUAGCUGCAUCUGCAGAAACGAAGGACCUGGAUAAUCCUGAUCGUACUGAUCGUACUGAUAGUCACGUGGAUCAUAAAUCUGAUGAACAAGAAGUCAUUAAUAACGAUGACUCCACACCUCAACUACAAGGUAUUCCAACCAUUGACAGUGUUGAUAGUGCAGCUUCCCAGCCUAAUGUCUAUCACAACGGCCCCAUGAUGAAUCAAGGGUAUGGACGCGGCAGAGGUUAUGGUCGAGGAGGAUUCUACAAUAGUCGAGGGGGUUAUUACAACAACACAAACUUUCAAGGACCGCCCCCAGGACAAGGUGUGGUAGGCGCACCAUUGGCGCCACGUGCGAUGCGUCAAGGACUUCCGAAUACCAGUACGCGGCGACUCUUUGCUGCAGAACAGAACCCGUCAACAGCAGACACUUCGGAGAAUGUCUCGCAACGUGCCACGCCAGCAGCCAUGAAUGGAAAUACUCGUCUACUGUCACCAUCUGUCCAAACAUCUCAAGUGCAAACUCGAUCGCCUUCACAGGGAGGCUCUCGAACUCAAUCACGGCCUCGGUCACCGUCUGCUCCGAAUUCUCGUCAUGACCGCACUCGACGUGAGCGAUCUGAAGCCUAUGAUGAUGAAGGGGACGGAGACAAAGACCGACGAAGGGACGAUCACCGACGUUCUCGACGUGAUGGUGAAAACCGUUCACGUUCGCGCUCACGCUCGCCAUCAGUGACAGAAGAGACGUCUCGACGAUCCUCGCGUCGUCCUGACCACAAUCGGGAUCGUGAUAAAAAAUCAAACCGCUCUCGUCGCCAUCGUAGCCAGAGCAGAAGCCGUUACCACAACCGUGAUUCUCUUGCUCCAGAGACCAACGGCGGCGACAAACAUGACCUUGCGAGCCGAAUCACGCAUGCACAACGACUUAGCAAGGACUCUUCAAGUCGCCAUCGCGAGGAUCGGAGCAGGAAACAUGACCGAGACCGCGAGCGUGACAAGCGUCGCGACCACGAAAGGGAACGAGACCGCGACCGCGACCGUCCCCGUGAAAAGGAUAAACAUCGAGAUCGAGAUCGCGAACGUGAACGUGACCGUGACCGUGAUCGGGAGAAGGACCGUAAACGCUCCCGUCGCGAUCGCUCCGUUUCCCCUAACGAUAGCGAGUCUUCGUACCGCCAUUCUCGACGCAUCAAACGCAACCAUAAAGAUGACAACGAUAAUGAAAAGCGCAAACCAUCUACCAAGGACCGUGCCGAUGCGAAAUCAGGUGAUUCGUCAACGAAGGACCCGCAUACUCUAGAACGCGAGGCCCGUAACCGCGAACGCAUGAUGAAAGAGCAACAGCGGCGCAGUGCGAUCACCUCUGAUCGUGAUAGCAAGAAUUCUCGUCACCGUCAGGAGCGCAACUUGACUGGUGGUCGCAGGCUUAGUUAUAGGUACGACGACGACGAAGAUGAAAUGAAUCGCAUAGAAGAGGAGCGGGAAUCAAGCCGUUGGGCAUAGGAUUUAUUGCAUGCAACACCGGACUGGGAAAACCGGAGUCUGGUUUUUACUGUACAAUACAUACUUAAAAUCAUGAUACAUUUGCCUGACUUCAUUGUAUUAGCAUUGGGAGGUGCUAAUAAUUCUCUCUCGCGACUUUUUUUAGCAUCAUGCGCGUGGCACAAGAUUAAGAGAUUAAUUCUCGAAUUGCGACAUAAAAAACUGAACGUUGAUCCUAG